AUGAAGUCCUUUGUUGCUAUUGGCGCCGCCCUUGCCGCCACUGCAGUCUCAGCCGUCCCCCUGGUCGCCUACGGUGAGAACCCCUCGUCUCUGCUCGCCCCCGGCUCGAAGCUCGAUGCCAAGAUCGACAAGCUCCAGCUCGGCGGCCUCUCGACCCCCUCGGCCUUCUCCUCAACCCUCAACACCGAGAAAGCACCCAUCAACUACGGAAACCUCAACAUGGGUACCGGUCACUUGCCCAGCCAAAUCGUUCACUACGGCACUGAGAACCAGCCCGAUCACGCCAGCAUUUCGCCUCACCUGAUCUCGACCACCGCCAAGGAUGCUUCCUUCCAGGUCGCCAAGGCUGACAAGGCCAAGAACUUGGUCAAUGCCGAGCUUGACGUCGGCCAGUUCAAGCACAAGGGCUCUUCGACCUUGAUUGACGAGGAUGAUGAUGAUGAUGAGGAUGAUGAGAGCAAGUUCGCACCCUGGUGGUAUGGUCGCUACUACCGUUGGGGUCCUUGGGGUCGUCCCUGGGGCUGGCGCCGUCCCAUCUACUACUAG